AUGUCUGCCGAGAUUUCAUUUGAAAAAUUCGCACAGCAGCUGUUCCGAGAACUGCACGCUUUGUCGACUGAAUCGAAGCGCAGAAAUUCAGACAUUAAACAUGCCAGCGACACAUCUCAGGAGAUUUUGAAAGUGGUUAACAGCUUCGAUGAGCUGUUGCGUCAUCCCGACUUUGUUUUGCCUUUCGUUCUCUCAUGUGCCUCCAGAAAUGCCAAACUAACGAGUAUUUCCAUGCAAUGUCUACAGAGGCUUGCAUCGAUCAGAAGCAUCCCUGAUGAAAGAAUGGAAGAUGUGCUGAACGCUUUCAUGGAAUCCACUCAUCUUGCGGUUGAAAUACAGCUCAAAGUACUGCAAAUAAUACCCAUUUUCUUCAAAACUUAUAGUAAUGCCAUCACUGGUGAGUUGUGCUCGAAACUUCUCAAGUGCUGCUCAAGCCUACUGCAACUACCGAACAAGGCACCGAUGGUUGUGGGUACUGCCAGUGCAACCCUUCAACAGUUGGUAAAUGACAUUUUGGAUCGGGCUAGCACACCACAAGAAAUUGCAACAAUCGAAGUGGCCGUCAGCAACACCGACUAUACCACCGUUGGGACGUUCCGCUACGAUGCAAACCGUUUAUUUUUUGACCUGUGCAGUCUGAAAAGUGGUUCUUACGCCAAACAAGGCAGCGUUUUGAACAUCGAAGGUGUUCCAGAAGACUAUGGCCUUGAAAUCCUAGAAAGCGUUUUGAGUAAUCACUUCGAACUUUUCGAGUAUUGUGCUGACUUGCAAUUCAUACUGAGAACGAAAGCAGUCCCACUUUUUCUGCGAUCGAUCUCUUCGUCCAAAGAUUUCCCCAUAGUCGUGAGAAGCGCAAGGUGUUUGGUAAUGCUUAUCAGACUGGAGUUUCUGAAAGUCCUGGAGCUGGAGCUUGAGAUAAUACUCUUUUUGUUGAUCAAAAUUAUGAGCAAUGAAAUCGACUCCCCUGCUUGGAAAAAGAUCAUCAUUUUAGAGAUUUUCCAACUCAUAACCAAGAACAUUGCAUUAAUACUGGCCAUAUUCCAGUGUUACGAUAUGAACACCAACCGCAAGCAAAUAAUGAAAAGUUUGGUCGAUGUUUUACAAAAUUUGAUAUCCUCCAAUGAGUAUCAAAACUACUUGAAAGUAUCUCAUGUGUUGACAAAAGGUGACACUCCCGUAAUAUCUCAAGAAAACUCAGCGGCCAAAAUUCCUCUGAUUGAGCUUCUCGACAAGUCAGGUCCACCCAUGAUUGAUCAAACCUAUGGGGUUUUUCUUGUUCUAUCCAUUACUAACCAGAUCUCUGAUGAGAUUGGCUCUUACGCUGUUACUACCAGCCAGAAAGAGCGGGCAGAAAGUAGUACUAAAGUUCUACAAUUGUACUUCAACAGUGUUUUCCCUGGGCUAUUCUUUUUGCACAAAAUGUUUCUCUACUCCACAACUCUCGACACUCCGUUGUUUCAUGCGGUUAUACGUGCAUUUCAAAAGCUUUCUCAUUCAUCUGGUAUACUCGAGCUCAACGACAAGCUCAGUCAGUGCUUAGAUUUAUUUGGAAUUGUUACUGUUGAGGGCUGCUUACUUAGCUCGAGCGUUCUAGCAGCUAAUAACAGUGAACAAGAUGUAAGCCCCGCGACUGCUAUGCUUAACACCAUUAGUGGGUCGCUUAUUAGGACUAGCAAUUCAUCCAAAGAAACCUCGGACGAGUCUCAUUUCACUACGCGCACAGUCCACCCUCGAAUGAUAAGCGUUUUCAGGGCUUUGAUAUCGCUAUCGAUAUCACUAGGCUCCUACUUUACUUCUGAACACUGGAGCAGUUUCCUUAAAACUUGGCAGUGGAUGUCAUAUUACCUCAAAGGUCCUUCAGGAGACCACGGGAGAUCUGGUCCAGGGUUUUCGCACAAUACACAGUCUCUUAGCUCGGAUUUGAACGCUGUGCAAGCGAGCAUUGGGAGGUUUUGCGAAAGUACGCAGAAUUAUCCCGGUUCCAGUUUCCACUGCUUAGUGCAAAGUCUGAUACAAGAGUCGUCCAAAUGUCUCACUCUAGCGAAGAGUCGCGAGGAGUCUGCAGGAUAUCGACCAACAACUGAGCAGGGCAAACUUACAAACUGUGCUUACAACAAGGACUUUUUCAUGUUACAGCUGGGUGAACUGAGUCGUCUGAACAUCUUAGGGCUGUUUAAGGGAUCGAAAGAAGAUACAACGUGGGAUCUUGUGGUCAAUUAUCUCGUUACAGAAGCAGCCAGUAGGAACUAUGAAAGUGAAGUCCUGAGGCUAUGCUCUGUGGAUGUUCUGAAUGCUAUUGUUGCUGAAGCCGCUAGGGUGGCAGGUGAGCUCGGUCCAGACUCGAAGAGCGAGGCUGAAAUGAUAGAAGAUAAAUUAUUAAUCGCACUGACCGAACUGGCUGGAAAAAUUAUGGGUUUGGGGCGCAAUAGGGAGGCCCUCCAUAGGGGUUCAAUAGAGACAGAGUGCGACAUUGUGUUCCAGAUGCUACGUACCUUGAAGGGGCUUCUAGAUGUUUUUGGCGAAUCUUUGACGGCUUCAUGGGAUACUGUCUUCAGGAUAAUCAAUUCACCCUUUGAGCUUAUCAACAAAGACCACUCUGAUGAUUCAUCGAUUUUCGAAGAAGAUAGCUCCAUUCUGGACGUCAUUUCCUCGAAGCACAAAGGUAUGAUUCAAGUUUCAUUUGACGUAUUCAAACUGAUCUUUGACGACUUUCUUCAGACCCUACCACCAGGAGUUUUGGAAGAUGUAAUUGACACUCUACUGAAUUUUGUCAGACAGGAUCGAGACUUGAAUAUUUCAUUUUCGUCAAUAAGCCAGUUUUGGCUGAUUGGCGACUUUUUGAGAACUUGCGUGUCGCGACAUUCAGAGCGCUUCUCUGAUAUAGAAAGAAGAGAAUUCAUCAAAGAUGUUGAACAGGGCAAGCUAAUUUCAUUGAUUUCAAGUGCUGAUGACCACCCAUACAGUCUGUUUAACGGUUUGUGGCUAUACCUGCUCAAAAAAUUGGUUGAAUGCACAAAUGACCCCAGAGUUGAAGUGAAAAAUGGCGCUAUCCAGACCUUUUUCAGAAUAGUCGAUUCUUACUCUGCUUCAUUUCCUCCUUGGGAGCUGUUGAUACAGGAAGUGUUGAAGCCCCUCCUCGAGAAACGAUUUGAAUUUGAUGAAUAUCUACGGGGCACAGAAUUCAUAAAUCUGACACUGAAGGGGCUGGUCCAAAUGUACUCGAUGUAUUUCGCCGCUUUUUCAAGCAAUGAAAAUCUUGCUCGCGCAUGGGAACUGCUGGUCAGUUACAUGGAGGAUCUCAUUAAACUUCCAUCUUUCGAAAUCUCAUUCAUUGUUCUCAAUAACUUCAAGUCACUGCUGGACGCAAUGGUGAAAAUACCCGAAAUACCUGACUCGAUUAUUUUAGAGCUGUACGAAACGUGGUGUGGUUACAAUGUGGUAUACACAGACUCUUCAAAGCCCUCCGAAUUCAAUAGAAAGACAAAUUAUGAGUGUAUUGAAGAGCUUCUUAGCUGCUACCCCCCGCUACAUCAAAUUUUGAGCAGAAAGCAUUUGCUGGAUAGCGACAGAGUCGAGGCCAUCCUGACUGUUAUGAAUUCUGCUGCAAGAUAUCCUUUGCUGCCAGAAUUUUCUAGUGAUGAUCAGAAGCCGUCCUCUUUACAGCAAGCCGUUCUCGAAUCUGUUCAAGUGUUCGAGUUUGGCCAGCCUUUAGAGAUAGAAGUGCUAAUUUUGAAUCAAAUCAGCACUCUAAUUGCUCUGCCAUUUGAGACUAAGAGCAGAAUAGAGAACAAGCUUGGCCCAAGGCUGAGCCUAGCAUCAAGAAAAAGAAUUCCUACCUUCGAAGCCAUCAGCUAUGAGGUUUGUGAGUACUUAGGCAGGCGAUUGAAAAGUACCGAGGUGCUAGAUGCCGAUUUCAUCUGUUCGAAGAGGUUGCCGAAGCUUUUGAAAAACCUCAGCCUCCCAGUUUUGUGCAAGUCGCUUAUUGAAAACAGGAGAGAAAAUUCGGUAGCUCUGUGGACCCUCGCGUCUCAGUGCUUUUAUUCACUUGCCGAAAAGAUACUAUCUGCUUUAAAAGACCCGAAUGUUGCGAAUGUUGUACCCGAAAAAGCUAAGGAGGUUUUCUUCGAGCUUUUCAUCGAUGUCGCUGUCACUCCGCUCAAAAGAAUUGACCCCGAGACGGACAUUUUAACAGAGGUCAGCGAUAUCGAGGAAUUUGAACGAUACCGUGAUAUUCUUCUACAAAACUUGGGACCUGCAUUCCCAGAGACGACGCAUGUGGAAAAGUUUGUAUCUGCCGUGUGGUCGGGAUCCUUUUUUCACGAGGUUGAUGAUGUCGAGGACGCAAUAAUAAAGGAAAGCGAUUCACUGUUUGAGGUAGCAGUAAAGCUGGCCGACUUUCCGUUUGAUGAGGUGUUGGGUUCAACUCGAGAGCAGUCUUUGCUGAGCAAGUACAAAACUGCCUCACUUUGCCUCCGUGACUUGAUGGAGUUUACCAAAUACGAAGGACCAGGCCAAGAGAUUUUAAGACCCGUUUGCGUACCUUUCAUGGUCGCACGUUAUGCGUUUAUCUUACGCCGUUACAUUUCUGACGUGAUACUUUUGAACCGCAAACCUAUCGCCAAAGACAGAAAGAUGGAAGUGGUCUUAGUUCUGACUGGGCUUAAGGAGGUUCUCGAUUCUGUUUCUAAGAGCGAGAAUAGCUCUGGCCGUGAGGAAACCAUUGAACAUUUGAAGGCCCUUUAUCCUUUAGUUUUGAAAACCAUUCCAGCAUCCCACAAAAUAGUUGGCCUACAGGCUAUAGUUCAGGAGCUUUCCUUAGAGUUUACUAAGCUUAUAAAGUGA